AUGCUUCGUGUAAGACCUGCCGCCCUCUCCCUCCACUCCCCUUCUCCGCCGCUGCUCCGCCGCAAUCCCCGCGCCCCUUUCUCCGUCCGAAUGUCCUCCUCCGCCCCCGACCAGAUCAUCGAGCACGUCGUCCUCCUCAAAGCCAAGCCCUCGGCCGACCCCUCCUCCGUCAACGACAUGAUCCGCAGCCUCAACGCCCUCGCAACCCUCGCCUCCGUCCUCCACAUCUCCGCGGGCCCCGUCUCCCGCUGCCGCUCCUCCUCCGCCCUCUCCUUCACCCACAUCAUCCACUCCCGCUACCGCUCCAAGUCCGACCUCGCCUCCUACAACGCCGACCCCCUCCACCUCGCCGUCGUCGCCGAUCACGUCAGGCCGGUCGCCGGCGACGCCAUGGCCGUGGAUUGGGUGGCCGGGGACUUCUCCGGUCCCGCGGCGGUCCCUCCCGGGGCGGCGCUACGGGUGACGGUGAUGAAGGUGAAGGACGAGAGCGCGAAGGGGGAGGUUUUGGGGAUCGCGAGAGGGAUGAAGGGGAAGUUCGAUGCGAUCGAGCAGGUGACGGCGGGGGAGAAUUUCUCGCCGGAGAGGAGCAAGGGCUUCUCGAUCGCGUCGAUUGCGGUGGUGAAGGAGCUGGAGGCAUUGGGAGUUAUAUCGGAGGUGGUGAGUGAGCACCUCGACGACGUGGUGGUGCUCGAUUAUGCGGUGCCGGCGCAGAAACCGGGGGCCGCCGCCCGUCUUUGAGCUUCACUCGCUUUCUGCUUCUUCCCGAUUUCAAACAAUGGUUGUUUUGUUCAUCUAAAUAAGUGGGAGAAUUGAACUACUAUAUGAAAUAUUUGUAUGUGAUAUUUUUGAUCAAUUUUCUGAAGAUACUAUCAUGAUUUGUACU